AUUUAUUGAAUGUGUGAAGGUAAAUUUUCUGGAUGCACAUAUCUCCAGCAACAGAACCACUAGAAGGGCUAAUUAACGUUUAUGAGAUAGAGACAGGAUCAAGUGAUAUACUUGUACAAGCAAAACAUAAGAAAAAGCAGAUACCAGUGAGUGGGACAAUGUUAAAAUACCGCCCAGGUGGCAGAGCAUGAUAUAGAGACGAAGGAUAAUUAUGUGUGAACGUGUGCAGUCCACUGUAAUCGGAUCUUAGGAUUAUAUCAAUCUUCUACAAAAC